AGGAGGGUGGAGGUCUGCUCUGCGGCGCACCUCUGGGGAUGGCGGGCUGCUCCAGAGAGAGGAGGGAGCAGCGUGCUGGGUGGGGGUGCACUGCGUCCGCCCCCCGGUUUCAUUGGGCACGCUCCUGUUUCAAGACUCACAGCCAAGACGCGCGGCCCGUGCGCCUCCCUGGCUCUUUGAGACGGCUCCCCGCUCCAACUCUGGUGGGGCUGUCAGAGGCCGAGCGGGAACCGCGUGGGGAAGGCGGAGCUACCUUCUGGCCGGCCAGCGGCGAUGCACCCGCGGCACGUGUCGCCUCUGCUCCUCUUCCUCCUCGUGACUGGGGCCGGGCUGGCUGGAGACGCGGGCGGCAGCACUGCCGCCUGGAGAGCCCCACGGCCGGGCAGCUCGUCAAACAGAGAGAGGCGCUGCUCCCCCUCGCCCGCUUUGCCAGCCUACAUGGUGUCCAUCAGGUGGGACAGGAAUGGAGCAUUAUUUUUGACUUUUCUACUAGUCAACAAGAGGAGCUACACCUAGCUGAGUUAAGACUCUAUCUGUCAAGACCUGGGAGAAAAACUCCUGUCCAUGACCCAGUGUCAGUCAACUUGUUUCACCAGCAAGAAGCAACUUGCCAAAAAGGCUACAGCUGUCCUCACAUUGUCCACGUAGGCUCCUUUGCAGUGUCCCCAUCAUUUCCUUCAAAGUGGAUAGCCCUGGAAGUCACAGAUGAACUGUCCAUGUGGUUUACCAACAGCAGUUCAGCAGACAAGUCUUUCCAGAAGGUUCUAACUCAGACGAAGUGGCAUACCAAAAAUCUUCUGAAAAGAGUGACCAGCCACUGUAGAUCUAUUGACAGAAAGGCAUUCUUGGUUCUUUUCUCAAGUUUUUCCAAAGGAAAGAAAGACCUGAGCAGUUCAUCGUUGCUCCAGACAGUGAAGGGCUCAAAAUACUUUAUACAGGGGACUCCCAAAGAUGUAAUACCCCUGUGGGGCACAAAGAGGCACCGGCGCCACGAGGAACUAGAGUUCAGACACCUGUGCCAAAGAGUGGACUUCUAUGUGGAUUUUGACGAGAUAGGAUGGGGUUCCUGGAUUGUGCACCCCAAGCAGUACAAUGCCUUUCGCUGUGAGGGAAAGUGUCCAGUCCCGCUGGAAGAGGCAUUCCAGCCCACUAAUCAUGCCUACAUGCAGAGUUUGCUGAAACAUUAUCAUCCUGAACAAGUUCCUGCUGCUUGCUGCAUCCCAGUGAGAUUGAGCCCACUAAGCCUACUUUAUUAUGAAGGAGGAAGGGUUAAUAUAGGUCACCAUGAGGAUAUGGUUGUAGAAGAAUGUGGUUGCCGCUGAAGAAACUAGAGUUCAGCAAAUGGUUCUGUUCUGCCCCAUCCCCAAAGACGAUGCAUUUUUUGUUUGCAAAGAUGACCUGCCAUAUUACAAGACAGCACUUGUGCUUGUGACCUAUAAUAAGUAGUCAUUAAAAUAACAUGGUGGAUCCCUCAUGGAAGACAGCCAACUCCUGCAUGCAAAGUUAUGGAUACCAAAAAUAUGUAAUCCACAGUUGUAAUCAAUGCUCAUUGUAGGAAAGCUGUAUCCAGACUGAAAAGUUGAUUUCUGAUAAGGAGGGAAUACAAAACCUAAAGUAGAGGUCUAAAAUUCUGCACCACGAGGUGACACUUCCCCCUCACAACAAUGUUCUGAUGGUAAAGUGAUAUUGUGAAUGCAUAUAUCCACCAUGUUCUGGAAAAUAGUUAAAAACCAAUCAGCCUUCUUUUAAUGUGGGACCAAUAUGGUUAUUAACACCCUGGUCCUAAAUUCUGAGAUAAUGAAGUAGCUUAAUGUAUCAGCAGUAUAAUUAUGCAAUACAAUAUGUCUGGCAGGACAAUGUGAGGAGAAACCAUACGUUGAAGUUGUGGAAUUAUGGAAUGCAUUACAUCUUUGGCACAGACUUAAGGUCAGAGGUGACUGGCUCUGCAAAUGAGUUGCUCCAUUGCUUACAACCAUUCAGGCAACUGCUUAAAACAGAGAAAAAUCCAUAAUUUUAAACUGGGAUUUGUUCCCACAACUGACUUCAAAGAAAAGGAAGGAUAGCUCUUCUAUAGCUGAUUGCAUUUCCCAGAGGGGCAUUGAUAUAGCUGAGAAGAAAGCAGUUGCCAUUUAUUUAUUUUCUUUAAUGUGAGUAAAUAAUGUCCCAAGUCAUUUGUCUUGGCAUAAUCUCCAAGAGACAGUUAACAAAGGUUUAGAUUAAACACCAGCAGUUGUUAGUCAGGGACUCUAAGAACAGCAGCCACUUUUCCCUGUACUAAAGCAGAAUAAUACUCUAGUGAUUAAAAAUGCUUUCUAUGCAAGGACAUGGGUAAUCAUCACUAUUACUGGCUGAAGGCUGUUUACCUAUAGAUUAGGGAUGCCCUCUAGCAGUGGUGGCAUGCCAGGGUCAGCUCCUGCUCCAGCCAGGCAUUUUUCCUGAAGAAGAAAACAGCUUGACCAAAAUGCAAGCCUGGUAUGGCAAAAAGAUUAUCCAGUUCCACUCAGAAGAAAAGUUUUUCUCCCACGUUGUGUUAGAAAUAGUCCAUAGAUAACAUUCUCUCUCCCUUUUUGAUUGACAUGCUUACUGUAUACCUCGGGAAAUGUGCUCCAUAACUGUGAAGCUCUUGACUGUAAGAGGAUAGCUCCUUUUUCCAAAGCGUGACCACCCAUGAGGUGCCAGGGAUGUACACGAACUGAGGUUUGUGCACUAGUUCGGUGCCAUGGGGAGGGGAAGGGCAAGCAGGAUCUUUAAGAACAAGGAGAGCAGGUCCUUACCUUCUCUCUGCUGCCAUAUGUAGCUUCCUGCUUCAGCAGCGCUUGUCCCAAGUACCCCCAUGCGGCGCCAGCACACACAUUAUGUCCAUGCAUGCACGGGCACCAUUUGCGUGAUCAGCAUGGUGUUGAGCAUGGUCAGUAUGAGCUGCUCAGUUUGUAUAGCAACACACACUUCUGGUCAGAAUACCAAAGCUAGCCAACCUUGAUACUGGCCAUAUAUGUCUUACUGCAGGAAUUCUCAAACUCAGGUUCCCAGAUAUUGUUGGACUACAGCUCCCACAAUAACCUACAGCCUUUAUAUCUGGGUUUUAAGGGAGUUUUUGCCCAACAACAGCUGGGCACCUGAGCUUCAGAAUCCCUGCCUUACUCCAAGGAAUUUGGGAAAGAAAGCUCUAUUAAAAUAAUACCAGCAUCGGUCGCUCAGGACCAUGGGCUAGAUUUUAAAAGAAACCACGACGAGUCAAAUCUUCCAUCGCUUUAUUAAAACGUCAGAAAUAACAUUGACAUUUUAGGCAGUUUCUUUUGGGUCAGAAAUGGUGACAUCAAAACACAGCACUGUGGCAGAAAAAAACAACAAACUAUUAAUGGUAGGGUCUCCUGCAGAGAUGCAAGGCUUGACCUCUCUGCUAGUUUGUUAAAGGGCCUUGAAAACAUACCUUUUAAACCAGUUGUUUUGUGUUGGAUUGUUUUGUUUCAGCUGCUUUAAUUUUGUUUAAAUUCAUUGUAAUGUUUGUAAAGUGCCUACAGAUGUUUUGAGCAGGCAGUAUAGAAAUUUAAUGAAUAAAUUAAAGGACUGUGCUGGUCUCACUCUGA